CCUGAGCUAGACGCGCAGCAGAAAGCCCACGUUGGCCGCUGCGGGGAGCGCAGCUCCGAGAGGCGGGAGACUGCGAAUCUCGGGCGCCGACGUCGCAGCAGCCGCUCCCAGCACGGGUCCCCUUCCCUCCCGUCCCCUCGGCCAGCGGGGUUUUCUGGGCAGCUGGGAGAGCACGGAACGGAAAGCAAGAUCCUCGCCGCCUCCGCUUGGGGAGGCGAGAGGGGCGCGAUUUUGAGGGGGAGAGACAGUGCCCAGGCGGAGGGGCGCGGAGUUUGUGAACAAGAAGGAAGUUAAGCCUCGCGGAGAAGACUGGCGUUUCGGGACGCCUUGUCGUCACAGCCUGGGCCCUGCGACGGGGGAAACUUCAUCGUGGCCCUGCGAACAGGAGAGGGGCGUGCGCGGGGGAUGAUGCGGGACGUCGCCUGCAGCUCGUGAGAGGCCCCGCUUCCCCGCCGCCCGGGGUCCUAUUCAGCCAGCAGCUCCGGAGGGCGCGGGGCAGCGCACGUGUGCGGGCAGCGAGGCCCUGGAGUGACCGCGCCGUGACCCGCCCAGGGGCUGGGGCGCCGGUUGCAGUGCAAUACUGACUUGGGCACACCUGGCUUAGACUUGCGUCUCCAGAGACCCGCGCUGAGUGCGGGGCUCUAGUGAUCGCCCCUUCGCCUUCCCUCCAGCCUGGGUUACAGGGGGCUCCCCGGACGACCAUGAGAGAUAAGGACUGAAGGCCAGGAAGGGGAAGCGAGUCCGCUGAGAGGUGGCGGGGGCUGUUCUCGCCAAGGGCCACAGCGGCCGCUCUCCAGCCUCGCACAGCCGCUCGACGCCUCGCGGGGCCCGCGGAGGCAGCCCGGCCGGGCGGGGAUGCCGGGGCUGGGACGGAGGGCGCAGUGGCUGUGCUGGUGGUGGGGGCUGCUGUGCAGCUGCUGCGGGCCCCCGCCACUGCGGUCGCCCUUGUCCGCAGCCGCGGCGGCCGCUGCUGGGGGUCAACUGCCCGGGGACAGCGGGAGCCCUAUCCGUGCAGAGCAGCAGCCGCCACCACCGCAGUCCUCCUCCUCCGGCUUCCUCUACCGGCGGCUCAAGACGCACGAGAAACGUGAGAUGCAGAAGGAGAUCCUGUCGGUGCUGGGGCUCCCACACCGCCCCAGGCCGCUGCAUGGCCUUCAGCAGCCACAGCCCCCAGCGUUCCCACAGCAGCAGACGCCUCGCGGGGAGCCACCUCCAGGACGGCUAAAGUCCGCGCCCCUCUUCAUGCUGGAUCUGUACAACGCCCUUUCUGCAGACGACGAUGAGGACGGGGCGUCUGAGGGGCACAGGCGGCACCCUGGGCCCCACGGAGGGGCCAGCUUGUCCGAGCUCCAGCAGCCAUCUGCCAGCGCCGCACACACUCUCAACCACAAGAGCCUCUUGGCCCCUGGACCUGGAGGCGGCGGCGCGUCCCCACUGACAAGCCCGCAGGACAGCGCCUUCCUCAACGACGCGGACAUGGUCAUGAGCUUUGUGAACCUGGUGGAGUACGACAAGGAGUUCUCCCCUCGCCAGCGACACCACAAAGAGUUCAAGUUCAACUUAUCCCAGAUUCCUGAGGGUGAGGCUGUGACGGCUGCAGAAUUCCGCAUCUACAAGGACUGUGUUGUGGGCAGUUUUAAAAACCAAACUUUUCUUAUCAGCAUUUAUCAAGUCUUACAGGAGCAUCAGCACAGAGACUCUGACCUAUUUUUGCUGGACACCCGUGUCGUGUGGGCCUCCGAAGAAGGCUGGCUGGAAUUUGACAUCACAGCCACCAGCAAUCUGUGGCUGGUGACACCACAGCAUAAUAUGGGGCUUCAGCUGAGCGUGGUGACUCGAGAUGGUCUCCACAUCAAUCCCCGUGCUGCCGGCCUGGUGGGCAGGGAUGGCCCUUACGACAAGCAGCCCUUCAUGGUGGCCUUCUUCAAAGUGAGCGAGGUCCACGUGCGCACCAUCAGGUCAGCCUCCGGGCGGCGCCGACAGCAGAGCCGGAAUCGUUCCACCCCGUCCCAGGACGUGUCCCGGGUCUCCAGCGCUUCAGAUUACAACAGCAGUGAGUUAAAAACAGCCUGCAAGAAGCAUGAGCUGUAUGUGAGCUUCCAAGACCUGGGAUGGCAGGACUGGAUCAUCGCACCCAAGGGUUAUGCCGCCAACUACUGUGACGGAGAAUGCUCCUUCCCGCUCAAUGCACACAUGAACGCCACCAACCACGCCAUCGUACAGACCUUGGUUCACCUUAUGAAUCCCGAGUAUGUCCCCAAACCGUGCUGUGCACCAACUAAACUGAAUGCCAUCUCAGUUCUUUACUUUGAUGACAACUCCAAUGUCAUCUUGAAAAAAUACAGGAACAUGGUCGUAAGAGCUUGUGGAUGCCAUUAACCCAAACCAGCUGCUGUGUGCACAAAUCCUACCGUGGACCCCGGGAUUACAUCUGCCUUAAAAAGACAAGCAGCGGGAGUGGGAAGCCGAGACCGUGACACCUUCUCAUGCUGGUGCCUUACUGCUCUAGGAGGAUUUUUAAAAGGACAUUAAUAAUCCGCUCACUUCGUCAAUGCCGUGGGUAGUUGUUGGUCUGUAGGAAGCCGAGUCUGUAUUUGCAGCAUGAGGUCUGACAAGUGCAGGAACCUAACCCUGAAAGGCACCUCCCCCCCAAGACAAAGAACCCACCAAUAUUAGCUUUGCUUUAGAUUGUUUGUGGUGUCCGUGAAUAAAUAGGGGGGAAAUUUUUUUGAAGGAGUGGCGUAUUCUCAGCUGAAGUAUUAGCUGGUGGGAUAUUAGGUGUCAAAGGUAGAUUGCACAGAGGUAAUAGGAAUGGAGGGGGAGACCUGUAUUCAUAGAUCUCAAUCCCAUUUUUAUAUGGGAUCAGCAGCCAGGAUGGGAUCCAGGGCUCCAGGAAGGUGCCUUUUUAACUCCAUUGUUACUCUUCAUGUUUGUGCCAGAGCUUGGCUGGAGUGAAGAUGUACUUAUUUCAGUCAAAAGAAACCACACCAUCUCCACCCAGCUCCCCGCUAGAACCAAAAGGAGAUGGCUCAGCCUUUGAGGCGAGGCUGCAAGUGGGGGGAGGUACUUGCAGCAGCCUUGGUUUUCACUCCGUCACAUCUGAAAGGAGUCCCCACAACUUCUUUAUCAGACCGGUCUUUGAAAAGCUCGCUAACUUCGGGAAUGUUGGCUCUCCCAUCCCAUCUCCUUCCUGAGCGAGGAUCUUUGCCUUUCACUAUACGGACACCAUGUUACUGGGUUAGCACCCGGAAUGGGGAACCCGAGGAGGAAGGGGAACCCGAGGAGGAAGGAGCGCCUGAGGUUAAGAAUGGGUUUUGGAGACGGGCAUAUGCUGUUUAUGAACCAAGAUCACAGUUUCCUUUUGUAGAAAGUAAGACUCAGAUUAAAAUCUUAGAAUAUUUUUUAAAUGUCUUUUUCACAAUCAUGUACUGGGAAAACAAUUUCAUACUAAACUGAUUAAAUAAUACAUUUAUAAUCUUUAA